AUGCUCUCCAUCGCAGUAUUUUCUUCCUGUAUCUUGCUCGUCUUCUCUGAGAUUUCCGUGAUCAGGUCAGCAUCUGCCUUCUUUUGGAAGCCAUUAGAAGCCAUUUUCCUUUUUAGCAUAGAAUACCCGCUGAGGAACAAACGAUUUUGCGAGAGAAUUCCUCUGAAACUGGGUGCUUUCGACGAUCCGCUCGCUGAGAAUCUGAUCAGAAAUGGAUGUGAGCCUCCGGUCAGACAGAACGAAUUGGAAGCCUCGUUCCGAGAUGCUCUUCUGCAAAGCUCUGCGAAUGCAAGCGUUUUCCAGCAGAUUCAGACGCUGGCAAAACGAGGAUUCGUUGAUUGGCAGGUACAGUAUACACAAAAAUGUGAAACCAUUAUAUUUGAGCAGACAUUCAAGCAGAAACAUCUCGAUAUCUCUUCUACUUUUUCGGGAUUCGACGGGUUCCUUUUCGUGGAGGACUUCUUCCCGAUCUGUGCCAAUUCGACCCUCUCCAUUAGAAUAUGUUUCACAAAGAACCCGACAAGAAAGUUCGGAAAACCGAAAACAGUGAGAGAAUUUCCCCUUGAUCUUUCAAGUUGGUUUAAGAUUCAGUUCGAAAUGCCCGACGGAAAAGUGUUCCAAUUGGACUUUUCCACCGGAUCGAUUGCCACUUCAAACUGUACUGUCAUGGUGAACUGAUAAUAUUUAUGGCAAACUGUCCUAAAUCUGUGCUUCCUUUUUCAGGGAAACUCCGCCCGCUGCUGGGCGUUCCCCAAUUCGUUUGUCUUCCGAUUCCAGCGCGAUUCUUCCGGAGACAGCUCGAUGCUCUCUUCCGACUAUUGGACUCUUUCCAUUAUUGUCCGCAUUCCUUUCUUUCCCGUUCAUGCUAUUCUUUUCAGAUCGCAAUCGUGUCCUCCGUUCUUUUGUUAUCACUUCUUCCGAUUACAUUGCUCAUCUACUGUCGCUUUUGUAGCAGAAAAAAGUUGGAGAACAGAGAAAAAGAACCAGCAGACGAAGUUCGUGAUCCCGAACGUCUAUUUGGAACUGUUCUCAUCGAUCAGAAUUUCCCAUUUAUCGACGACAAUCUGUGA